AUGGCAGACAUAGGAGAUGGGCCACAUUUGAGGGAAGAUCUGACGGAUGCAAAAUCUAUUCCUGGUUCCAAAGGAAAGAACCUAUCUGCUAGCAAGUCUAUGGACUCUGGAAUUCUGCCAGACUACUGUUACAGAAUGGAUUAUCCAGAGGUGGGGGAAUGUAUAAUAAUAAACAAUAAGAACUUCCACAGACAGACAGGGAUGUUACCUCGUUCGGGUACAGAUGCAGAUGCUGCAAGUGUCAGAGAAGUUUUUAUGAAGUUGGGCUAUAAAAUAAAGAUCAACAAUGAUCUUUCAUGCGGGGACAUUUUUAAACUAUUGAAAAAUGUUUCUGAAGAAGAUCACAGCAAGCGAAGCAGUUUUGUUUGUGUGCUGCUAAGCCAUGGUGAUGAAGGAUUAAUCUAUGGUACAGAUGGCCCUCUUGAACUGAAAGCACUAACAAGCCUUUUCAGAGGUGACAGGUGCAGAAGUUUAGCAGGAAAACCCAAGCUGUUUUUCAUUCAGGCUUGUAGAGGGACAGAAUUAGAUUCUGGGAUUGAGGCAGACAGUGGAUCAGAAGAAACAAUGUGUCAAAAAAUACCUGUAGAAGCAGACUUCCUAUAUGCAUAUUCUACAGCUCCGGGCUAUUACUCCUGGAGGAAUUCAGCUGAAGGCUCCUGGUUUAUUCAGUCACUGUGUAAAAUGCUGAAGGAGCAUGCAAGGAAACUGGAACUCAUGCAGAUUUUAACUCGUGUAAAUCGCAGAGUGGCAGAGUACGAGUCCUGCUCAACUCGGCAGGAUUUUAAUGCAAAGAAACAGAUUCCGUGCAUUGUCUCUAUGCUCACCAAAGAAUUUUACUUCCCUUGCUGAAAGAAUUUCACCUUGUAAUUUUUCAGUUCGUGUUUUAUCUGUCAUUUAUACACAAUGUUAGUACGGAAUACCACUUUUAAAUCUGAAUUACUGUUCACUCCUGUGUGUGGCAUAAUGAACUGUCUCAAAGUUAGAUAUCUAUGUCCGUUAUUAGAAGUAAAACAUAGAUGGUAAUGUUAGAAAUGCAAAUGUGAGUAGCUGAGGCACAGGCAGAUUAGAAAGUAAUGCUCUGAGUAGCUUGAAAAAUUUGGAAGAGGAGACUGAAGGAAGGUCAGAUCACAUACCAGACCUAUUUGGUGCUACAUUUCACUUUGUUGAAGGGGCAGAGAAAAGAAACAGUUCUUGUAAAUA